CGUUGCAUUGGGUUCGGACUCCAUUGCUCUACCUUAUCGGGUUUACUAACAUGUCGAAUUUCGUGUGCACAGCAGACGGGAUAAGAUCAUCUUGCAGCGAUUUAUUCUGUUUAAAUAGUUGAACAGGCGUGGAGUGGGUGGUUGGUCAUCAGUGAAAAAGUCCCAGUUCCUAGAAACCGGUAUUUAAACUACUAUUUAAGCGCGAUACACCAGAGAUGGUUCACCGUGGGCAGAGUGAAGCAUCUUUGCUCCAUCCUCCGUUGACUGCAUUGGCUGCCUGCGAUACAUUCUAACCCAUCGUGAAAGCAACAAGAAUCAAACAUUACAAUGCUAUGAAGAUGUGUAUGUUUCUGAUGAAAAGAUUACUCUAGGCUGGUAGAAAGGAAUAGAGUCGCGUCAAGAUGGCUGACACUGAAGUCCUGACAACACAACAAGGACUGCCAGAGAGGGAAGAAAGGUACAGAUACUUGGAUCAGCUAAAUCGUGCACUCUCAGAAAUAAAGUCUAAAGACAGAGGAGAAAUAGAGGAGAAGAAGAAAGAAAUUCUGGCAUUUUGUAAGCAAGAAAUGGAAAAGACGAUUUGCAAUCAAGAUCAUCAAGAGAUCGGAGACUGGCUGAAUAAAAUAGCCGAGACUGGUGUCAAUAGAGAGGCAAGGGAAAAGGCUUGGUUCAAGUAUGCCCAGGAGGUAUAUUGGGAUCUGGAAAAGUCCAACAGCAACAACAACAAGAAGAAAAGCCAUAUUUCUGGAAGACGCUUACCAAAGUGGGAAGAAUUGAUCACCCGAAUUUCUCAAAUGAUUAAGGAUAAGAAGCUAUGGGAGCCCAAAGUUGGGUACCCACCCCUAUGUCCGCCGAAGACCCUCAAGGAGGACCUACUCCGAGAUGUAGACUUCACUGAGGUGGACAAGGACGCUCGGGCGAAACUCAAUUCACCAAAGGACAGUUUCGACAAACUUGUCCAGCACCUCACCAGUCAUUUAAGCUCCGAUCUACACAAGUUAAGAGCCAUUUUUGUGUGGAUGGGCGCUCAGAAGAUAGGAUUUCGACAACAGGAAAGCAACUGCAAAGAUAAGAACAGUCCAGAAUACUACCUACAGGAGGCAUCGAAAAACAGCAGGUUAAUUGACAUAAUGUUCGCCAGGAUGUGUAGAGCUGCAAGAAUCCCAUGUGUUCUUGUGAACGGAAAGGCAAAAGGUACAAACUACGAGCCAGGUAAUGUUGAUAGCGAAGGAGAAUAUACCUGGGCAGUUGUUUACGUGGCCGACAGCUGGCGAUUCGUGUUUUCUCUCGCUGCCUUCGUAGCAGUACAUGGGUACCAAAGUGAACACUUAUUCUUGGUUGAGGAGUCUGGAGAGCAAAUAAUAGCAAGGCUCCCAGCAAAUGUCGGUACCAAGAUGUCCAGUUUUGACGAAUUUUAUUUCCUGACUGACCCUGAGGUGAUGAAUUAUUUCUGUCACCCAUAUGAUGAAGACAAGCAGCUGGUGACUGAACCAUGGACAGAAGAGGAAUUCUUUGACUCGCCUUUCUUUAGUAAAUCUUAUUUCUCAUCUGCAUGGAAGCUAAUCAGCCCAUGGACGUGCGUAAUCAAGACCACAACAGGAUGGUGUUUGAUUGACAUGUUCAAUCCAGGACCUGGUUAUAAACUUAAAUACAGAUUAUUCUCCGGAGAAAUUGUGGAAACGGAUCGCUGCGUAACUAUAUUAAAGCGGACUCAGCAGAGGGAAUCAUUUCUGGUCAGACUUCCAGAGACUGGAAAAUACAAAUUUGAAGUGUUGGAAGUUCAUGGAGUUGGAGAAAUUAGCCUAGUCACAUUCCAGAUCGUUUAUGAUGAUGCGUCUUCAAAGACACGGCCCUUGCCGUCCAACCCAGAAAACGGGUUUGGCUUCGGUGAAGCAGCUGCUGAAGCUGGAUUGUCGGAGCCUUCCCACACGGAAGGGGUUGUGCCGGUGAAAAGUGGUGACGAGAUCAGCAUCCACUUCAAGGUUAAAGAUGAUGUGGACAUUUCGGCCAGACUUGUCCACUUCAGCAGGGAAUCAGAAAAACUUCGUGACAACAUCACCGUAAACCGAGAAAACAAAAAUGUAACAAUUAUUGCAAGACUGCCCGCAGACGACCCGAAACCAGAAUAUUCCCUUGAAGUUGAUACUUCAAAAAAUAUUAAAGGAACAGACUACUCGAUAAAAGAACUACCUGCUCUUAAUUACCUUCUGACAAGCGAUGAAACACUGAGUACAGUCAUCACGGACAAAGACAGAAAGGAACAUUUACAGCACUAUGAAGAUGCAUGGGUCUCUGUUGGCAAUGAUGAUGCAGGAAUACUGGAGAAAGCUGCCUCUAUGCUCAAGAUGGCUGGUAUUAAUGAUCCAAUAUUAACCCAAAAAAUACGAAACAAGCAAACCUGCUACAAAAACAUGCUUGAGGAAAUGCUCACUUCCGCAAGGGAAAGAAAUUUGGAUCGUCUGAAUAAAGAUCUCAAAACCUGCAUUGCUGCAAACCUGCAAAACAGAGGAGACAUAGAAAACUCCAAGAAAGUACUAAUUGCCUUGUGUGAGGAAGAAAUGGAAAAGGCUGUUAAAGGAAACAAACUGGAAGAACUCCGUGAGUGCAUAAAGAAAAUAGAGAAUACCUGUGUGGGGGCAGUGGUACAGGAGCAGGCUUGGUUCAAAGAGGUCCAGAAGGACAUUAAAAGGAGGACGCUGUCCGUAAGGGAACAGGACGAGGCGAAUGUGAGAAGACCUCCAGGCCAUGUCAUGGACGUCAUCGUUGCAGCCUUCAUUUUGAUUGGAGAAAAAGAGGAAAACCUUGACAGUUGGCAGAAGGUCGUUGCAAGACUGAAGGAAACGAACGAAAAAGAAUUGCAGAAAAAAGUAAACAGUUAUACGACUGAUUAUCUGAAUCAACAGCGGGUGAACCUGGCAAAAAAGAAGUUGGAUCGAGCUGAGGGAACGUUUGCCGAUUACAGGUCAAUAGAAACACUCAAGAAAAGGUGCUGGGACAAGAUCCGCUCUUACGAAACUGUAGGGAGGCUCAAGAAGACUACUAACGCCGUGGAAAUGAAGAAUAUCAACUGUCCAGCAAGAGGGUGCAACAUAUCUCUCAUACUCAUGAAGAAGUGAUACGUAUGUUUAUAUUUGACUGACUGUUAAUGAAUUAUUCAGUAAGAAUUUUACAACUUAUUUCACUGACUCUGUACUUUACUGACAUUUCAUAUAGUUGGUCAGCACGAGCCUAUAACGACGUUUGUUAAAAAUAUUCAUUGAAAAGAAAUAAAGUCUUCACGUAUUAAAAUUUUGUAUUUAUGUCACCAUCAAUCUUAAAUGUAUUCUAUAGCUGUUCUAUAGUCUGCGUUGAAAUAAACAAUAUUUCUCUUUAUAUUUAUCUGCAAUGGAGUUUUUGUUUAAUUAGUUUAAGCGACACACAGGACACUGAUCCUUUAAAAAAUCUGUCCUUCGUGUUCUUGCUGAGCGCAGUCUCGACAUAAACACACAGAGCCAAUGAUGGAGAGGAACACCACUAUAACAUAUGAGAAGCAAAAACAAAAACAUAUAAAGAAAAAUGUCUGAUAAUGUUACAGACUGUUGCUAGGGAGCGUUAGGUAGGUGGCAACAAAGCAAAACAAAACGACACAACACUUGAUUUAUUCACAAAGACAGGUAGACUGGUGUGCACGCUGGUAGGGUGGGAGGUCCUGACUGGCGAGUGCAUAAGAACCGUUGGCGAACUUGCACAAUAAACCACUCCACGCCUACGUGUGUGACGGGACACUACGCUCCACGAAGACUGACAGAAAGUAUUCUUUCACACAGAGAUUAGCUUUCUGUGAACAUUAUCCUCAGCUCUAAGUUAAACUUCCUGAUGUCUCUUUUUGUUUGUUUUUUCUCUAAAGUCUUGUACAGAAGUUUUUAAAAUGCUUUUUUAGCACGAGUGUGAAAAUUCGUCAACAGAGAUGGUCUCGUCCAAGUAGUUCAAGCGGUGUGUAAGUCGGAACACCAAGAUAAAAUUUGAAUAAAUAAUAAUCCUGGCAAAAGGAUCAAUUGGUAAUUACAGAACUGAUCCCCUAACAUAAACUACAUUUUCAUCACCCUUGCCCAUAGAAACAUUGUCCAGUUAUUUUGAUUAUCACAAUCCUAACCAAAUCUGAGAGAUUUACAUGAAAUCACUAUACUUUUCCUUGUGAACCAUUAUUUCAUCAUUUCUUAGAACCUAGCUUACGUUUGUGUCUAGUUCUCUAGCUAACCCGACUUUACUAUGAAGGACUUCAGGAAACAUGUUUACAUGAAAAUCAUCUGAAUAAAGCUUUAGCCAAAAAUUGACUAUGAUGAACAGAAAAACAGAAUACAAUUAUUUGUUGACAGAUUAUAUUUAUUUGCAAAUAUGAAAAUAUUGAAGUGAUUCUAUAAAUUUAAUAAUGUUUUAUUCAUAUAAAUAAUAUCAAGUAGCAUAUUUACAUGUCCUUUUUAAACCAUUGUACAAGUUAAAUUACAGAUGUUUCUACCUGGUAAAGUAUAUAUCGAGAGAGACUUGUUUUAAGAAUCAAUGUGGCGAUACGCCUAAGUGUUUUACUUUUGUACUGUCUACUACUGAACUUGUGUUCAUGUUAAUUUUAUCUACUAAAAUGAUACUGGCUGUUCCAAUAAAAAAAAUCUA